AUGCCGCCGGCAGGCAGAGAGACGCCAAUUAUGCCAAGCGCUCAGGCACCCACCGUCUGUCCCAAUGUAACCGACUCUCCCCCGGAUUCCAGUUAUGACUUCCUCGGUGGAGAUCCGGUGUGGGACUCGGUGACCAACAGCGUUCUCAAGAUCACGCUCAUAUCCGUGAUCGUGUGCGUCUCCUUGUUCGGGAAUGUGGUGGUGCUGCUGGUUUUCCAGAGGAAGCCUCAGCUUCUGCACGUGGCCAACCGCUUUGUCCUCAACCUCCUGUUGGCUGAUCUUCUCCAGACGGUGUUGGUCAUGCCCUUUGCCAUCGCCGCCACCGUGCCGGGCGUUUGGCCUCUGGAUGCCAGACUGUGCCAGGCUUUGGUGGUGCUCAUGCAUCUCUUUGCGUUUGCCGGCGUCAACACUAUCAUCGUCGUCUCGGUGGACCGCUACCUUGCUAUCAUCCACCCCUUGUCCUACCCCACCCGGAUGACCCCUCAUUUGGGCACGAACUUGAUCAUCUGCACUUGGGUGCUGAGCGUCCUGCAGAGCACGCCACCCCUGUACGGCUGGGGCGCCAUCGACUUCAAUCACCACCACAAGAUGUGCUCGGUGGUGUGGUCCUACAGCCUGUCCUACUCGGUUGUAGUAGCCACCUUCUCCUUCUGGCUCCCGGUUCUCGUCAUGCUCGGGUGCUAUUGGAUGGUAUUCCGUGCGGCUAGGAGACAAAAUGCCCUGGUUCACCCGAUACAGACGCGAUCCUACUCCCAACCCUGCCCUCAGGACUUUCCAGGACAGAUCAGCACGCCGCCCCAGCAGGCGAGUUCACCGGACGGCCCCUUGUCAGCCAAUGGCUACCCCGCCCGCGUGAGGCACCGACGCUUCCACUACCACUGCAAGGCCGCGCGUGUCGUCUUUGUGAUCAUGGCGUCUUACAUCCUCAGCAUGGGACCCUACAGCGUACUCAACACCAUAUCCAUGAGCGCCAGAGAAGUCGUACCCGCCUGGCUGUCCUCUCUGGCCUUGGUGCUCUUCUUCCUGCAGUGCUGCUUGCACCCGUACAUCUACGGCUACAUGCACCGCAGUGUGAGGAAGGAAUUUCUCGCUUUGUUCUGCGGGAUAUUCUGUAAGCAGGGACAGAGCUCGGCAGCCGAGACCUGUCUCACCACGGCAGCGCAGGGCCGCACCGGGGCGCACUCUCACUUGCCUAGCCUGGCCGGCAGGGUCUUUCCAUUACAGACUUGGGAGGAGUGCACCACGUCGUCUUCGCCCACUUUCGAAAGGAGGUCGAGGGACAGCCGCAAGGAGACCACCACGACCAGUGUCAGCUCGGACCGGGAGCCCACCGUCCAUGGCAAACAGAGUACAUAAAGACGUGAAAUUUUGGAUGCAUCGAUCGAAUCGAACUGUACACUGCUCCCAAAAAGUUAUGAAUAUUUGGCUUUCAUGUGAAAUUUUAGGCUGAAACUCAAAUGGAUGAUACUUAAUACCCCUCCUUCGUGGUCCCACUAGUUUUUUUAUACAGUUCAUAACUUUAUAUUGGUUGUAAGUCCAUUCUCACCCACUAGAUGGCGGUGUAUUUAUUUAAUUUGAGAUGUAAAUUUGACAGAAGA